GUCGAUUGAAUAGGGACUCCGGCUGAGAGUCAGUUGCUCUCCGGCGUCCGUGGUGGCAUGUCGUCGCGCUCCGACCGUUGUACGACCGCCCGUAGCCCGCGCAAGUAGUUUCUCACGAGGGGAACCCGAGCGAAAGGGAGUCCGAGGAAGCCAGCAAGCAGAAGAAGGACACUGUCUCCUCCCGUCGCAUCCUCUCCAACGCAGCGCGUCGGUUAUGAGCGAUCAGUGUUUACGCGAAAUUCACGGACACCGUCGGACGAGAUCGUCUCCGGCCUCAGUGUGGAUCUAAGUGGUUUUCCUCGGUAAUCCGAGCCUGGCGUCCUAAGAGUUCCUAGAUCUCGAGUAGCGUCGCGGAACUUUAGUUCUCCACCGUGUGAAAAAAAGAGAAAGAAAGGAAACAUCGAAGGGAUUUGUUGUGCUGGUUUCGAACCGAAGUGUGUUGGUGACUAUGAGUGCGUGACGUACGAUUUCGUGUUGCUCCUCUUCCCCCUUCAUCCCCCCGGGCAACCCCUAAAGACCGGCGGGGUUCGAGUAUCGCGGGCCGAGUAUCGAGGGUCGAGGAGAGAACGUGACACGUCCCCCGCGAGCGGCGAGAUGGCCAGAAUGGAGGCGUCACGUUGCUCGGUAACUGUGCUGGGGAUCGUCUGGUGUCUGCUGGCCCUUAACGGCGUGCCGGCGCGCGGUCGCAGCAUCACCAGUCUCGAGGCACCGAGCGGCUGCGAGUGGAAAAAGGACGGCGAGGACGGCGAGAAGGAGCUGGCCUGCAGGGUACGGACGAUCGCGAACGUGCCCGGCUUAAUUGGCAAUCUCUCGGCCAUUCAAGUGGACUCGAUCAGCUCGCUCGCGUUGGAGUGCAGCGACUUCGAGAGCCAGAUCGACGGGCCGCACGUUUUCCUGUCGCCGCUGCCGCGGCUGGAAAAGCUGCGGCUCGAUUACUGCAAGUUCCGCUAUCUGCCCGGCGGUGUGUUCGCGUCCGCCCACAACCUGCGCAGCCUGUCCCUCAGGACGCACAACGGCGACUGGUCCGCGAUGACGCUCGAGCUGCACAGGGACUCGCUGCGCGGCCUGUCCAAUCUCCAACACCUCGACCUGGCGGAUAACAAUCUGUGGACCCUGCCGUCGGAGCUGUUCUGCCCGGUGCGCGGCCUGGCCAGCCUGAAUCUGACGCGCAACAAGUUACAGGACAUCGUCUCGCUGGAGUUCUCCGACACGGCCGAGCCCUGCACGCCCGUGCUCGAGAUGCUCGAUCUGAGCAGCAACGAUCUCACCGCGCUGCCGGACCGCACGCUCAGCAACCUCAGGAGCCUGACCGUGCUCAAGCUGCAGGAGAACGUGAUCGCCGCGGUGGGCGAUCACGCGCUGGCCGGGCUGACCGCGCUUCGCUCGCUGAACGUGUCCAGCAAUAGACUGGUCGCCCUGCCGCCGGAGCUUUUCUCGAAAACUAAAGAACUCAGGGAAUUGAUACUGAGCAACAACUCGCUGGCGGUGCUGGCGCCGGGAUUGUUGGACAAUUUGGACGAGCUGCAGUACCUGGAUCUUAGCAGUAACGAGCUGACGAAUCGCUGGGUGAACAGAGACACGUUCUCCAGGCUGGUGCGCCUGGUUAUCCUCGAUUUAUCCUUCAACAGGCUCACCAGGAUCGACGGCCACGUGUUCAAGGGAUUGUACAGUCUUCAGAUACUGAAGCUAGAGAACAACGAUAUAGAGACGCUGACCGAUGGUUGCUUCGGAUCCUUGACGAACCUACACUCGCUGGCGCUGUCGAACAACAGGAUCGCGAGGUUCGAUCCGGCGCACACGAUCGGCCUGACCGCGCUCGGCCAGCUGUUCCUGGACUCGAACAAAUUGAGGACGGUGCACCGUCACGUGUUCGAUAACCUGACCGACCUGCAGGACCUCUCUCUCCGCGGGAACAAUCUGACGGAGGUACCGUACGCGGUCCGCGCGCUGCGAUCCCUGAAGACCCUCGACCUCGGCAGCAACCACGUGUCCCGAAUCGAGAACGACUCGUUCGCCGGGCUGAGCGAGCUGUACGGUCUGCGGCUGGUGGACAACAAGCUCGAGAACGUGACCCGCGAGGCGUUCGCCGCGCUGCCCUCGCUGCAGGUGCUGAACCUGGCGAACAAUUACAUACGUCACGUGGAGCAGAGCGCGUUCGCGGGGAACCCGGCGUUGCGGGCGAUCCGAUUGGACGGUAACCAGCUGACCGAGAUCCGCGGCGCGUUCACCAGCCUCUCGUCCCUGGUCUGGCUGAACGUGUCCGACAACAAGCUGCUGUGGUUCGACUACAGCCAUCUGCCGGGCAGCAUAGAGUGGCUGGACAUCCACGCGAAUCAGAUAAGCGAGCUCGGGAAUUAUUACAUGGAGCGGAACACGCUGCGUAUAAAGAUGCUGGACGCGAGCUACAACCAAAUCAAGGAGAUCGCGGACGCGAACGUGCCGGACACCGUGGAAACCCUGUUCCUCAACGACAACAAGAUACGCUCGGUGGCCGCGGGUACCUUCCUGCAGAAGAAGAACCUGGAGAAAGUGGGCUUGUACGGGAACGAGAUAAGGAAUCUCGAGGUGGCAGCGCUCGCGCUGCAGACCGUGCCCGAGGACAGAGAGCUGCCGGAGUUCUACAUCGGGAACAAUCCCAUCCUCUGCGACUGCACCAUGGAAUGGCUGCCGAGGAUCAACGAGAUGGCACGUCUCAGGCAGCACCCGCGAGUCAUGGACCUGGACUCGGUCACCUGCGACAUGGUGCACGCUCGCGCGACGCCGAAACGGCCUCUGCUCUCGCUGAAGCCCAAGGAUUUCCUCUGCCGAUACGAGGCGCAUUGCUUCGCCCUCUGCCACUGCUGCGACUUCGACGCGUGCGACUGCGAGAUGACCUGCCCGGACAACUGCUCCUGCUACCACGAUCACAGCUGGUCGAGCAACGUGGUCGACUGCUCGAACGCGGGCUACAAACGCGUGCCGGAUCGGAUUCCGAUGGACGCCACCGAGAUCUACUUAGACGGCAACGAGCUCGGCGACCUGGGCAAUCACGAGUUCAUCGGCAAACGCCGGCUGAAGGAGCUGUUCCUGAACAACAGCGGGAUCACGGCGAUCCAUAAUUGCACGUUCAACGGCGCCAGCGCGCUGAGCGUUCUCCACUUGGAGGACAACUCGCUGCGUGAGCUGAAGGGCUCCGAGUUCGACCAGCUCGAGGACAUGUCCGAGCUGUACCUGGAUCACAACGCGAUCGCCACCGUCGGCAACGCGACCUUCCACAAGAUGAAGAACCUCGAGGUACUGCGGCUGGACAGCAAUCGGAUCGUCGACUUCCACCCGUGGGAGGCGCUGCCCAGCGUCGGGGACACCACGAAGGUCGCCCUGGAAGGGAACGCCUGGAGCUGCGAGUGCGGCAACGCCGCGAAGCUGCGGGGCUGGAUCGCCGAGCACCGCGGCGACCCCGAGAAGAUGUAUUGCCGGGACGGCGUCGAGACGCUCGCGCAGGCCAUGAAGCGUUGCGGCGACCCGUCCACGGAGGCCGUCAGCCGUGGCAUUCAAGAGAUCCCCCUGCUCGGCGGCAACUUCGUUCCGCUUUUAGCCGGCGCCUUGGUAGCCGUCAUCGCGAUCUGCCUGUUCGUCGCGCUGGCGUUCGCCUUCCGGCAAGACGUCCGCCUGUGGGCGCACGCAAGAUACGGCCUGCGUCUCGGCAAGAUGACCGCUCCGCCCGACGAAGAGAGGGACCGUCUCUACGACGGCUACAUAGUCUACAGCGAGCGCGACGAGGACUUCGUGUCCAGGUUCCUAGCCGCGGAACUGGAGCAGUCCGGCCUGGCUCUCUGUCUCCACUGGCGAGACUUGCCCCCAGCCAGGCCCCAGGAAGCCGUUCCUCCAGCAGCCGCAGCUGCCAGGCGCAUAGUCAUCAUCUUCUCGCCAGUGUUCCUGGCGAACGAGUGGCAGCACGCGGAGUUCCGCGCCGCCCUGAGGACAGCGUUGGAGAACAUCAGACCCAGCUCCAGGAAGAGGCGAGUCGUCGUGCUGCUAGCCACCGAGGCGCCGGCUCGCGACCCCGAGCUCCAGCUGCUGCUGCAGACGUGCACCGUGGUGAUGUGGGGCGAGAAGAGGUUCUGGGAGAAGCUGCGUUUCGCGAUGCCCGACUCGGUCGGCAAACGGCGCGACAGCAAGAAGGUGAACGACCGAAAUCGCACGCCGGCUCGCUACACCGCGGCACCGUCCGCCGGCGACGUCUGGACCAAGCCCAACGGCGUUUUGGUCGCGCCGGUGCACGCACCCACACCGACGCCCACGCAGUCGACCUAUGUCAGCUCGGCGUCCAGCAGGACCGAGGACGAGGACAGCGGCGCGGAACACCAGCACCAGCACCAGCACAGCGGCGGCUACAGCGCGCUGCACGCCGGAAACGCGAGGCCGGCCA